GUCCUUUCCACUCGUCCUGACAACGAAAAGACCCUCGACGACUCGACGAGGAUCAAUUGACCAUGAGUGCGAAGGCUAAAGAUGUCGAGCUCUCGGGCGACAUCGACUUCAUCCAGACCCCUGCUGCGAAACCCUCGGAAUUUGCUACCGGCGAGGACUGCGGAAUUCCCACGACCAAUUCUGCAGCCAUUAACAACCCCCCAUUGGCCGCCGAUGGUCCCGGAAACGAAAGCUUCUCAAACCUUCUGUUAGGUGUUGCGAUCACCGGUGUCCCGGCCGUGCUCACCUUCCUGGUGGGUGGCGGUUUCAAAACCUUCAUCUUCUUUGCCCUCCUCUCCGUUCUCCCCGUCCUGGUCGUGUUCUGGACCUGGGCUUCCAGCUGCAGCCCCCGUACCAACGAGAAAGUCAAACUGCCGGGCCGCCCCAUUGAGCACUAUGUGACCUUCAAGCGCGACGAGGACCGUGCCAAGUGGCACGGAAAGAACAAGAUCCCCAUGCAGACCUUCUCGGAGAUGUACCUGGACGGCUUGGUGGACUUCAACGGUGACAUCCUCGAUGUGCUCGAGUACCGUCACGACUGGGCCAGCUUCGCCUUCACCUGGGACCUGUUCAAGUUCAUCGUCGGUACCUUCUUCGUCGACGUGCUCUUCCACACCAAGGCCCAAGACGAGGAGCAGAUCCGUCCUAACUACGACAGCGGCAACGACCACUACGCUUGGUUCCUCGGCCCUCGCAUGAUCUACACCUCGGGCAUCAUCUCGGACACGGAGCAGGAGGAGACCCUGGAGGAAAUGCAGGAUAACAAGAUGGCUGUCGUCUGCGAGAAGAUCGGUCUCAAGGACGGCGAGACGAUGCUGGAUAUCGGCUGUGGCUGGGGCACCCUGGCCAAGUUCGCCAGUCUGAACUAUGGCGCCAAGGUGACCGGAGUGACCAUCGCGGAGAACCAGACCGCCUGGGGCAACGACGCUCUGAAGCAGGCUGGCAUCCCUGAGCAGCAGAGCCGGAUCAUGUGCAUGGACUACCGCGACAUUGUCCGCACCAAGUAUGACAAGAUCACGCAGCUGGAAAUGGGUGAGCACGUCGGUAUCCGCAAGCUCACCGGGUUCUUCCGCCAGUGCUAUGACAUGCUCAAUGACGACGGUGCCAUGUACGUUCAGCUCUCGGGUCUGCGUCAGGCGUGGCAGUACGAGGAUUUCAUCUGGGGUCUGUACCUGAACAAGUACAUCUUCCGUGGUGCGGACGCGUCGACUCCUCUGUGGUAUUACAUCAAGUGCUUGGAACAGGCCGGUUUUGAGGUCAAGGGAAUUGACACCGUUGGUGUUCACUACUCCGGAACCCUCUGGAGAUGGUACCGCAACUGGGUUGGAAACGUCGAAGCCAUCAAGGCCAAGUAUGGACCUAGAUGGUACAGAAUCUGGGAACUCUUCCUCGCCUGGUCCGUCAUCGCCUCUCGCCAGGGCUCUGCCACCUGCUACCAGAUGGUUGUCGUGAAGAACCUCAACUCGACCCACCGUAUCAACGGCCUUGCCAGCCAGUUCGGCUUGGCCGGAGCCCUCGAGGCCAGCCGCAAGGCCGGCAAGUCUCGGCUGCCUUAGAUGAGAACCCAAGCGAUGCGCAUGCGUCAUUUACUAGGGGACGAUUGGAGGUUGUUUGUACUAUAUAGUACUGUACAUCAUGUCGUUAUGGCUACUUUGAUGUUAAGAUAGAGUUCGGAAUGAAUGGCACGAGUGAUUACGACAUCAUGUCAUCGCUAGAAUAUGAUUAAGUGACAGAUUC